CCCAAAAGAGAAAAAACAUAAAAUAAUAAAAGAACCACAUUGCAUCAAUAAAAAAGUUUCAAGAAAUUUCAAUAGAGUAAAAUCAAAGAAAACGUUGCUUUAAUCCGUUUGUUGAAAUUCAUUUGUUUGUUAGAAAUUGAAUUUGCAAACUCAGCAAACACCACCAACCACCAACAACCUUCCCCAAAACGCCGUCGUUUUGCUCCCGCCGGCGAAAUGGCCGAGAAAGCGAAGCAGCAACAACCGCGCUUCGCGUUCUCGUUUCCCGUAGCCGUCGUCGUUUCCGCAAUCGCUUACAUUUACUUCUCCACCGUCUUCGUCUUCAUUGAUCGAUGGCUCGGCCUUUUCUCUUCACCUGGAAUCGUUAACGCCGCUGUUUUCACCGCCAUCGCUAUCAUGUCUCUCGUUUGUUACCGGGCGGCUAUUUCAACGGAUCCGGGUCGGGUUCCGGCUACCUACACGCCGGAUAUCGAAGAUAACACGACCCCGCUACAUGAGAUCAAACGCAAGGGUGGAGAUUUACGAUUUUGUCAAAAGUGUUCUCAUUAUAAGCCUCCCCGCGCACAUCAUUGUCGGGUUUGUAAAAGAUGUGUUCUACGAAUGGAUCACCAUUGCAUUUGGAUAAAUAACUGCGUCGGUCACGCAAACUACAAGAUCUUCUUCAUUUUUGUCACGUAUGCCGCAAUUGCCUGCAUUUACUCCAUGGUCUUACUUGUUGGUAGUCUAGCUUAUGAUGGUUUACCGGACGACGAGAGUAAUGGAGGCUCUUAUCGAACUGUAUAUGUUGUUUCUGUGAUUUUACUGGCCCCGUUAUCUAUAUCAUUAUGCGUUCUUCUAGGAUGGCAUAUCUAUCUCAUCCUACAUAACAAAACCACCAUAGAGUUGUGUUGGCAGUAUUAUGAAGGAGUGAGAGCUUUGUGGCUUCAGGAGAAGGGUGGGAGUAUCUAUAAACAUCCAUAUGACCUUGGCCCAUAUGAUAAUUUGACAUCUGUUUUGGGACCAAAUAUCCUUAGCUGGCUGUGGCCAACGGCGAACCAUAUAGGUUCAGGACUUAGGUUCCGCACAGUUUAUGAUGUCACAAAAGGCGCAUCAACAUCCAAAUGAUGUUUUCACAUUGCUUAAUAUAUUCAUAUUAACAUUUCUCGAGAAGAAUGAUUGAGCAAUGACAUGCUAAAUGACUGGUAAAGUGCCAUCCGAAAUUCAAUUACUGAAGUGUAGGUAUUGAAGAGCUGUUUGCUGCAUGUACCUGAGGCAAUAAUGUAAUGUAUAAUAUGCUCAUAUGGAUAUUGAUGACAUACAGAUUUUUUUGUUGUUUUGCUUAACCAUUUAUUAGACAUAGAUUAGGCUUCUUCUCCCCCGUCUUCCGGUCUUGUUAGGUUUUGGAUGAUGUGGGGUUACAGUUGUAGAGUCCUGUUGAUAAACCUAAUGUACAAAGAAACCAGCUCAUCAAGGUGCUGUCAAGGGAUUGCUUAGCCAUUGUGAAAAGUUGUAUUUUAGUAUUGUAUUUUUGUGUAUCUUGAAGUGAAAUAAUAACAGUUAUAUUACAGUUUUGUUGCCAUGAA